GAAAGUUUCUGCGAUUAAACGUAUCUCCAAUGGCGGAGAAAGCCCAGAAAACACUCAUCCUCUUAGCGAAUUUAAUCAAAGUUCCUCCACUAAAAGCCUUCUCUCUCCUGAACUCAUCAAAUCUCCACGGAUUUCAACACACACACGAAUCAUUCUCAGUCCUCCUUCACCUCCUCCAACUGCCACACGCUCAAUCUCUUCUCCUUCAAGUAAUCACCGGAAGAAUCCACUCCCAAUCCUUCACUCCUUCCUCUCUCUUACAUUACUUAACACAGUCAGAAACUUCAAAACCCAAGUCUCGGCUCUACGAAAUAAUCAUCAACACCUACAUCCAAUCCCAAUCCCUAGACUCCGCGAUCUCCUACUUCAACGAGAUGAUCGAAAAGGGUCUUGUCCCCGGAUCGAAUUGCUUCAACAAUCUCUUGACUUUCGUUGCUGGGUCGUCUUCUUUCGACGAGUUCUGGGCUUUCUUCAACGAGAGCAAGAGCAGAGUUGAUUUUGAUGUGUACAGCUUCGGGAUCGCGAUCAAAGCCUGUUGCGAAGCUGGUGAAAUCGACAAGAGUUUCCACCUUCUUGCUGCGUUAAGAGCAGAUGGGUUUUCACCAAACGUUGUUAUCUACACUACUUUGAUCGAUGGGUGUUGCAAGAGAGGAGAGAUCGAAAAGGCGAAGGCUUUGUUUUCUGAAAUGGAGAGGAUCGGAUUAGUAGCUAAUGAGCGUACUUACACGGUUUUGAUUCACGGGUUGUUCAGAAAUGGGUUGACGAAACAAGGGUUUGAGAUGUACGAGAAGAUGAAGGAGGAUGGGGUUUUACCUAAUCUCUAUACUUACAACUGUGUGAUGAACCAGCAUUGCAAAGAUGGGAGAACGAAAGACGCGUUCAACGUGUUCGACGAAAUGCGUGAGAGAGGGGUUUCGUGUAAUGUUGUUACUUAUAAUACUUUAAUCGGGGGGUUGUGUAGAGAGAUGAAUGCGGGUGAAGCUUGUAGGUUGAUGGAUCAGAUGAAGAGCGAUGGGAUCAACCCGAACUUGAUUACUUACAACACUUUGAUUGAUGGGUUUUGCAACGUGGGGAAGUUAGGCAAAGCGUUGAGUUUAUGUAGAGAUUUGAAGUCUAGAGGUAUGUCUCUGUCUGUAGUCACGUAUAACAUUCUAGUUUCUGGGUUUUGUAAGAAAGGAGAUACUUCAGGAGCAGCUAAGAUUGUUAAGGAGAUGGAAGAGAGAGGGAUUAAACCGUCCAAAGUUACAUACACCAUUCUUAUCGAUACAUUUGCUCGUUCUGAUAACAUGGAGAGAGCGAUUCAGCUUCGAGUGUCGAUGGAGAAUUUAGGAUUAGUUCCGGAUGUUCAUACCUACAGUGUGUUGAUUCACGGGUUUUGCAUCAAAGGUCAGAUGAAUGAAGCGUCGAGGCUGUUUAGGGCGAUGGUUGAGAAGAAGUUAGAACCUAACGAGGUUAUAUACAAUACGAUGAUUCUUGGGUAUUGCAAGGAAGGUAGUUCUUAUAGAGCGUUGAGAUUGCUUAGAGAGAUGGGAGAUAAAGAGUUGGCUCCUAACGUUGCUAGCUAUAGUUAUUUGAUUGAAGUUCUUUGUAAAGAAAGAAAAUUGAAAGAAGCUGAGGAUUUGGUUGAGAAGAUGAUUGAUUCGGGGAUGGAUCCAUCUGCUUCAGUAUGUAAUAUGAUCUAUAGAGCCCAAAAUGAUUCGCUUGUAGCUCAAACAAAUGAUAAGAGCAGUUUCAGUGCAACUUAAAAUCACUUAUUUUAUUUUGGUGCUCUUACCCUGACAAACUCUGGUCCUUUUUCACUCAUUUUGUUUUCGCCUUUUGGGAAAUAGUCA